AAGAGAGAGAGAGAGAGAGAGAGAAAGAAGGAGAUCUGACGAGGAGGAAGUCAGACUUCAUCACUGAUCACUGGAGGAGCUCUCUGUUUCCACUUUUUAGCGCAGUGUAAAUCAACAUGAGAGAAAUUUUCAGACAGUGAGAUGAUUAGUCAAGCACAGAAGAACGCAGAGGAAGAGGACAGCUCUGGGUCCGAUUCGGAUCCAGAGCUCAGUUCUGAACCUGAGACCGACCGCUUUGGCUUUAUCCUGACCAAUGGAUCCACUGCUGGGAGGGUUGGUCCACCCCCAGAGCUGGUCAGACAGCGAGAAACCAAGUGGAUUAACAUCAUACUGCAGUGGGACAGCAUGUUGUUGAAGAAGACCAAUAAGGUCAAAGAGCAAUGCCAAAAAGGCAUCCCAGCCUCUCUGAGAGCCAAGUGCUGGCCCCUGCUGUGUGCAGCAUCUGACAGGAUGAAAAAAAACAAAAACCUCUACCAGGCUCUGGACUCGCAGCCAGCUCUGCAGAGCUGGGUCGAUGUGAUUGAAAGAGACCUGGAUCGUCAGUUUCCCUUCCAUGAAAUGUUCCUCUGUAAAGAUGGACAUGGGCAGCGUGGUCUGUUCCGGGUCCUGAAAGCUUACACUCAGUACCAACCAACCGAGGGUUACUGCCAGGCUCAAGGGCCAGUGGCUGCAGUGCUGCUGAUGAACAUGCCUGUUGAAGAGGCCUUCUGGUGUUUGGUGCAGAUAAGUGAGCAGUAUUUACCUGGAUACUACAGCCCCCUGCUGGAGGGAGUUCUGUUUGAUGCUGGCAUGCUGGCCUGGGUCCUGAAGAGGGCAUGUCCGGCAGCACAUAAACAUCUGCAGCUCCACGAAGUGGAGCCCCUAAUGUUUGCCACUGAUUGGUUGAUGUGUCUAUUCACCCGUCACCUGCCUUUCAACACUCUGCUCCGAGUCUGGGAUUUGUUUUUUUGCUACGGAGUGAGGGUCCUGCUUCAGGUGGCCGUAGUCCUAGUCCGUCGGGUCUUAGGUCGUGCUGAGCAGAGAAGGCAAUGCCAGGGGCAGAUGGAGACUCUGGAGAGACUAAGAGGAGUCAAAGCGCAGGUCAAUGACGAUGAUGACGCCUUUAUAGCUGAGGUUUGCUCGGUGCAAUUGUCUUCCCGUGAUCUGAAGAAACAAAUGGCGAAGGAGUUGGAAAAGUGGAGGAGAGAUAAACCCACAUCUACAUUUGAUCCCAGGGGUCGCUGUCAGGGGUAUCGCACGGCCUGGAUGACGGUCAGGGAGAAGUUUGAAGACCGGGGCAGGAGAAAGAAGGAUAAAGACAACCUGUCUGUCGCUCUGACUCGCUCUGCUUCCACUUUGUCACUGUCUCCUUCACUGUUUCAAAAAAAGUUGAUGAAAGGUGGAAAAGCCAAGGCAGGAGAAGGGAGUGCUAAAGUUGUAAGGCAUCAGUCAAUGGGAUCGAAGGACGACUGGAGAAGCUGGAUUAGUUUAAACCUAAAGAAGGUGCAGGGACUUGAGGAGGAGGAGGAUGCAGAGGAAGACAAAGAACCAACAGGGAAAAGUGAAGGGAACGACCAAUUAGAAGAACCUACAAAGAUAGACAAGGAUCCAAACACGGAUAUUAGGCAAAUGGAAGAAAAUGAAAAUGUGAGAGAACCGAAUGAAGCUGAAUCAGAGAGAAAUGAAACAGUUUUCAGAGAAGGAGAGAAAACUAAUGUUGGGACCGAGCCAAACCAAGGACCAACCACUGAUGUUCAAUGCACUUCCCAACAUGAAGAGGAACAGGAGAUGAACCCCAACAGGCAAUCACAAGUUCAGGAACAACAAACUAGUGAAAUCAGUACCGAGGAAACUGUAGGACCAGUGACAGGAAGUGAAUCUCUGGAUGUUGUGGAAGAAAACGUGUUUGAAAAGCAGGAGGAUUACACUGAUGAAGCCCAGAGAGACCAAGAAACAGAUGAAGUCAAAGUUUCAGGUGAGGCACACAUGAUUCAAGCUGACCUAAAAACAGAGGAGGAGACGGAGAACGAACAACAGACGCAAGUGGACACAGACCUCAAAAGAAGAACUGAGACAAUUCCAGACUCUGAGACAGAAAACAACAACGAGGCCGCAACGCUCACGGAGCCUAAUUUAACGCCAGAAUUGGAGGUACAAAAAAAGGAGACUAAAGAAACAGACGAGAGCUUAGAAGAUGAUGUGUUUGAGUCACGGAUGGAGGACGAAGAGAGAGAAGAAUCCAGUGAUCCACCAGAGAUGGAGAUGCAGGAAAAGGAAACUAAAGAAAGUGACAGGUGUCCAGAAGGUGAUCAAAUUAAUGAAAAGUACCACGGCACGGAGUCAAAGCCUGAAAUAGAAACAAGUGAAGAACUCUACAACCAAACAGAGAUGGAGACAGGUGGAGAAAAGGCUGACGAGACAGACGAGAGCUUGCAAGAUGUUGUGACUGAGUCACAGACGGAGGAGGAAAUGACAGAAGAAUCCAGCAACCCAACAGAGAUGGAGAUACAGGAAGAGGAGACUAAAGAGAGUGACAGGCACCCAGAAGGUGAUCAAAUGAAAGAAAUGUACCUCAGCACUCCUGACAGAAAAACGAGCGAAGAACUCUACAACCAGACAGAGAUGGAAACAGGUGGAGAAAAGGCUGAAGAGACAGACGGGGGCUCACAAGAUGAUGUGACUGAGACAGAGACAGAAACAAAUGAAGGACUUAACAAUCAAGCCGGGGUGGAGACACAGGAAAAAGAGACUGCAGAGAUGAACAAAAGCCCAGAAAGUGAUCAAAUUAAAGAAAUGUACCAAAGUACUGUGUCAACGACACAGAGUGAAACAAGAGAAGACCUCAAUGACGCAACAGAGACACAGGAAGAAGAGGCCGCUGAAAAGGACGAGAGCUCACACGACUAUGAGUCCGAAAAAGAAUUCCACAAAGAGACAAAAAAAAGAAAAAACAAGACUGCAGAGACUGACGGAAACCCAGAGAGUGAUCAUUUCAAAGACAUGAGAGAGGAGUCAAACAACCAAUCAGAGACAGAGGAACUAGAGACUGCAGAGACUGACGAGGCUUCACAAGACAAAUCCGACAGCCAAAAAGAGACAGAAGGUGAAGACAAAGUGGACACAGCACACACUGAACCAAACCCGGACAGAGACAAUGAAACAGCUGCAGUGAAUGAAACAAUGACAUCUCCACCUGAAAUCAACCACCAACAGGAAGGCAAUGAUGAAGCAGCAGAUACAGAUAAAUCAGUGAAGGGGUCGAGUGAAGCCUCAGAGUUCGACACAGCAGCAGAAGCCGCAAAACAAACAGUAGAAACUAUUUUAACAAUGCGCUCACAGUUGGGCGGAAGUGAAACACAAGAUGAGACAACAGCCUCACUGAAGGAGGCUGAGGCAGUGACUCUCAGCAAAGAGUCUGAUGAGAAGCUGAGCUCAGUAGAAAUGAGGUCUUUGGAAAAACCCGCCUGUGCAGAACCAACAGGCCAGGUCACACAGGAGACCGAUAUCAAACAAAAUGUUCCAGAGACUGAAGAUGUCAGCAUCUCCAGUUCUUCUACAGAAGUCACAGAUACUCCACACACUGACAUCGACCUAAAGAGACAGGAGGAAGAUGUUUCAAGAAAAUCAACAAUAACAAGUGACCAGAUCAGUGACGAGCACUUCACUGACCCACAGGAGAGCAGCCAAACACAUUCUAUCCCUGACCAGACAGCACAUAAACGCAUCAAAGAACAGUCCAAUCCUGGAAAUGUGAAUACAACCCAUAAUUCUCCUGAAGUAUCUUUAAAAAACAAUUCUUUAAAGUCCGCAGAAGCUGUAAAGCAGAAAAAAGCAGCAGAAAAGGAGUCGUCUCCCACCAGCAAACAUUUCUAUCUCUUUCACAGACUCAGAGGAGAUCAGUCCAAAAAGACUAAAGAGAAGAGGGCACAGAAGAUGCAGGUGCCCAAAAUCUUAAUUCAGGACUUUAGUGAUGGGACAGGAAAACUGGUCCAGGAAGGAGGUGAAGAGAAACUCAGCUCCAGGGAGAGAAGAAGGAGGCGGAGGGAGAGGGAGAGACAGGAGAAAGAGGAGGAGAAGUCAAGGAAAAAGAAAGAAAAGGAGAUGGAUAAGGAGCGAGAGAGGAAGAAACCACAGACCAGAGGAAAAAGUUUCCAAAAUCAAAAAAAGACAGAAUCAAAUGAUUCAGCUCAACUGACACAGAUAAGAUUUUUUAAUUCCUAUGCCGAGUCUUACUUCUGACAAAUGAAGUUAGGUUGAGUUUGUGUCUGUGAGGUGGUUGGCAAGGACACAUAUUUUUAUUUCUAUUAAUUCUUAAUAAAAUGUGAGAUAUUUUCCACAGAAUUAUGGAAAUGUUCAAUUUCCAGGAUUAUUCUCCUUAUAAUAAAGAUGGGGUUGUUACAAUCCUACACAUAAAGUGACAGUUCUUAUUUUUCUCCAUGUGCUCUUAUUUAGAAUUAUGAUUUUAAAAGUUCAUAUUUUUGAACAACAAAAUGGACUUUGACCCUCUUAUUCUUACUACAAACACAUAUUUUUUAUAAAUAAAUGAUCUUUCAAAAAUACUUUUUUUUAUUUUGGGUGUUUUUUGCUUCUUAUUGAUCAGUAAAAAAGAUGAACAGAAGUGCCUCAUGUCUGAUCUGACAUUAUCUGAAAACUGGACAAAACUCUUCAAUGAAACGUCCUGAAGAUAUUAUUAACAUAAUUAAGUCCAAAUAAAAACAAAA